GUUCCGGAGUGUAUGCGCGGAGAAACACUCCUGAGGUUUGAUCGACUCGUUCAUGACUCGCACAUCUCAGUCUCCCACUGUAGUCUGUUCUCACAGUCACUAAACUACCAUCAACGUUCUUCGCUCAGUUGUUUUCAUCGUCGAAGGAAGCCAAAAUCGCAACCAUGUCGAAAGGAUGCAUCACCGUCACCAAGUACUUCCUGUUCCUCUUCAACCUCAUCUUCUUUGUCUUUGGAGCGUUGAUCAUGGGCUUUGGACUCUGGGUUCUCUUUGAUAAUCAGAGUUUCAUUGCUGUUUUACAAGAAUCAUCCGACACAGUGAAAGUGGCUUCCUACAUCCUCAUCGGCGUGGGCUCUCUGACCAUGGCCAUGGGCUUCUUUGGCUGCAUCGGCGCCAUCUACGAAAUCCGUUGUCUCCUUGGUUUGUACUUCACCUGCCUCCUGCUCAUCCUCAUCGCCCAGGUCACCGCCGGGGUGCUCAUCUACUUCCAGAGAGAUCGGUUGAAAACCGAGAUGUCCAACAUCAUAAAGGGCAUGAUCAUCCACUACACCGGCCAGAACAGAACCACUGAGCACACGUGGGACUACAUUCAGAGGAUGAUGAAGUGCUGUGGGUGGACGGGGCCUGGCAACUGGUCCGACAACACUUGGAUCAGGAACAGCUCUCUGAACCUCUAUUCGUGUUCCUGUCGCAACGAGUCGCUGCCCGGCACGGAAAUCAAGACGGAGGGCCUGUGCGAGCACCUGUCCGCAGAACUUCCUGUCUACGACACGGGUUGCAUAACCAGCGUGGAGAAAUGGCUCUUGGACAACUGUGGAGUUAUUCUAGGCAUCUGUGUUGGAGUAGCGGUGGUGGAGCUUCUCGGGAUGAUCCUCUCCAUGUGUCUGUGCAGGAGUGUUCUUCAGGAGGAUUACACCAAAGUACCCAAGUACUGAUGACAAGUACACAACACCACAUGCACUCCUUCCCACCGGCCUGUAUUAGCACCACACUGACAAAAACCACCACAAAACCUUUGAGAAUAAAGUCUUACAUGUACGAUAUAUAUACGCUGUACAAGAAUUUUUGCCCGAGGACCCCACUUUCAUAGCUGUCUCAGGCAAUGCCCGAGUAUUCAAAUAAUCUGAGAUUUCGAGAACGGAGUAAAUUAUUGAGGAAAAAACACGUAAUAUUAUAGACGGAUACUUUUAUUCCCCUAAAUGUACCACUUUAUUCUCAACGUCUUUUUCAACGUGGCUCUAAAACGUUCACAUUCUUACACGUGCACACACACACACACACACACACACACAUGGAGUUUGACACGCUCGUUGGACAUAAUUGACAAGUUUCCGUCUUCCGUGAUGUCAGUGAAGCGCUCAGCAGAGAAGAGAGAGCACUUAAGUCAGAUUUUCAUAGUGACGCCGAGGCCUUUCCUUGCCUGGGGGGGGUAGGGGUAGUGAGUGAGUGAGUGAGCGGGCGGGGGCGGGGGCGGGGCUGCUGCGGUGUAGAGGGUCCGACACUCACUCCGACACGGCAGCUCAUCAUCGUUUGUUUAUGAUUUCAAUAUUUCAAUAUUCAUCCCAUCGUCUCGGUUUUUGAUUCCUGCCCAGUUUAGUCAUUCUACGUGUCCGUUACUCCAUUUCAACACAUUCGUUACGCAGGAAACCGGACGCUUUGUUCUUUUGCUCUUAACUUAAUGGGAGAUGAAGGCUUUUUUUGUAUAAUGUUCAAGAAAAAGUACUGCAAAGUAUGUGGAUUUGUAAGCUGUUGUUUUUUUUUUUUUUAAACGCAUAUUUUUCAUCUUUCAGAAAAAGCAGUAUUAAACAUGAAUCCACUUGU